UUACUUGAGAGGCGUGCAUACGUUAAUUACCUCGUGCAGGCAUUAUGAAUAUGCAGGACCUGCGGGAAUAUAACGAGCUCGGGUCUCGUGGAAUCUCAGAAGCACUUCUGGUGGAAUUAUCCCCAGUGCUUCCCAGCCCCGCUAACAAAGAAUACCUGCCUAACGGGAACAACACUUGGCUGCUCAGUUCCUCGCUGCGAUGCUUUGAGUCAGCUGGGCACUGCAGAUGGGAAUGGAUGCAGCCUCUGCUCGGCUGCAGGAGCCGUUGAGAGCAGGACUCCUCGGGCGCCCCUGCAGGGACUCCUCGCCUCCAUCGGAUCGCUGCGGGAGCAGACAGGGAGCGUCUGACAAAGGUGAUUUACCUUGGAUUCGAGAUCUUGGGAGGACAAAGGGAACUUGGAACAGAACAAAAGGAAGUGAUCUGCUGAACACCCAGAUCUGCAGAUGGUAAAAGAGCUCAGAACCUUCCUUGGCACGACAGGUUAGUGCACACUAUGGAUCUAUAAUGAUGGGCCUUUGGUAAAACCUUUGUAUGAAUUACAGCAAAAUGAUCAGUCUGUGCUGACAUGGACUGGUGAGGCAAAGAGGGCAUUUGAAGAAUUGAAGAAGAGAGCUCCAAUGAGAGCCCCAGCCCUGGGCCUUCUGGACAGUACAAAAGCAUUUUGGUUGGUUAUUCUCACUGUGAACCCAGCAUCUUUCCUCAGUGAGCCGCCUCUGAGCCAGCAGUGCACAACUGCUUGGAAACCACAGAGACUGCCUGUGCCAAUGGGCUGGAGCCAGAGCAGGAAUCACUGGAGGAUGCUGAGGAUUCCUGCUUCACCGACAGAAGCGGUUUUGUGAGACAAGGAUAUGCAGCAGCUACUGACGAGGUAAUCAAAGCACAGCCAUUACCUGCGGGGGCUUCUGCUCUGAAGGCUGAAGUAACAGCCUUGACAAGAGCUUUAGAGUUGGCAAGAGGAAAAGGAUAAACGUAUGGACAGACUCUAAAUAUGCAUUUGGGGUGCUACACGCUCACAGUGCCAUCUGGAAAGAGCAAGGAUUGCUCACAGCACAAGGGAAAUAAAUUAAGCAUGCCAAGGAAGUCCUGCAUCUGUGGGAAGCUCUAAAUCUACCAGAGUGGCUAAUAGAUACUGCAGGGGACAUCAGAAAGGUGACACUGUACAGGAGACUGGAAAUAAGAUGGUGGAUCAGGUGGCAAAACAGGCAGCUGAAGGAAUAGAAAUCGCUGUACAAACUUCAAUUCCAGACAGUAAACUUCAAAUCUGUAAACCUCAAUCAGAACCUGCAAAGUAUUCUAGAGAGGAUAGGGAUUUAAUUAAUGAUAUAGAAGGAAAGGAGCAAACUGAGUGGGCAUACACACCUGAGUCACAGAGAUGAGGUAGAUGGGGUAAUGUAUAGAUACAAAGACUGCAGCUCUUGUCUGUCCAGCCAUCUGGAAUACUUGUGAGCCUUGAGCUGAGGAAGUUAAACAUCCCACUCCUAAACAGUGUGAUAACGCCUUUACAAAGCAAAAACAAAAACAGGACAAGGAUAUCAAUAGGCUCGUUAUGUUGGAAGACUACUAAUUUUUGGUGCUGGACAGACAAGACCUGAGUGAUAGAAAAUUUAAGGAGGAGAAGUUAAAUAAUUAGCAAUAUACAUGUAUAGUUAGCAACCAUUUAUGUUUAGUCAGUAUGAAUAUAUGUAAUGUCUUGCUGCAUGCUCAUACACAUUGCAAGAACGUCCUGCACAAGAGAUUGACACAAGUUGCAAGGUGCCUGCCUCAAGAAGCAAAGGGAAGACCUGACAACCCCCCAGUGCUCUUUGUUGAACAAAGGCAGCGUCCUUUGCACAGAGUGGAAGGGGCCUCGGAGAGAAUCACCCUGUCAGUACGAUAAGGAGAGGACUGAGACAUCUUGGAAACAACAGAACGGCGACAAGAUAGGCUAUGAGUUAACAAGUGUCAGAAUGUGAUUCACAAAUGCAAACGUUCAGGAAGAUUGUGAACCUGAAGUACCCAGAGAAUGGGAGAACAGGGGAGGGGGGAAGCUUUGGGGAGACAAGGUAUAAAAGCUGUCACAUUGUGUCCAUAGGUGAGCUCCUGUUGGCUGGAUGCCCACCACUGCAAUCUUCACCAGAGCUCCUGUCUCCUAAAAAUUAUCUCAGACAUUUCUGACACUGCGGAAAUACAACGAGCUCUGAAUCAUGUCAUCUUAGAACCUCAUACAAUGGAAUUAUCCCCAGUGCUUCCCAGUGUUGCUAACAAAGAAUACCUGCAUAGCGGUACCAAAACUUGGCUGCUACGUUUCUUAGCUCCAGUUCUUUCAGUUCUCUCCUGAGAGACCCAGACAGGCUGAGGGGUGGCGCCAGGAGAACCUCAUGAGGUUCAGCAACACCACAUGCAAGGUCUGCACCUGGGUCACAGCAACCUCCGCUGUUAAUAAGAGCUGGGGGACAAAAUCAUAGUAUCAUUCUGGUUGGGAAGGCUGCUAAGGGCAUCAAGACCAACUGUCAACCUGAUACAGGUUGGUUUGCUUAGCGGUAGUGUGGGAAUCAAAUGUUGUUUCUGCAUUAGAACAGUACAAGAAUUUUUAUUCUAUGGUCUCCGCUGCCACAGCUCUUUUAGUUCUUUCUGGGGGCCUUUGAUAGUUUUCAUCACUUAUCCUUUAGAUGAACCUUGCCCAGGAAUGCAUGCUCAAAAUACAGGCACAGUAUGUUGUAAUCAUAGAGCUUAAGUAGAUUCAGAAUCAAACUCUAUAACCUGGAGAUCAGGUUAUAAAGCAGGUAUGAUUUAUUCUGCAAAUGUGCAAACGUCGGGUGCAAGGGGGCUCAUUCCAACUUCCUUGCACACCAACAAGCAAAAGCGUCACAGAUUUAUAAGCAGAUCUUACACAUAUUCACAAAAUUCCUUGGAGCUCAUCUGUAUAUUCAUGGUUUUUCCAGGACCUCAUUUACAUGCUGUCCCCCCCUCUGACGCGUGUGCAGUUCGCAGCGAGGGUCUCCACCUGGUGGUCAUGGGGAUGAAGUCAGAGGUCUUCCUCGGUCUGACCUUUUUACAUUACAAUGGCCCCCCAUUCACACUGCUCAAAACCAGAACAGCUUUAGGAUGUUCUUUCCCUUAUGUUUGCACAGAUCCUUUGGUCCUGACUGCAAAGAGGUCAACAUGUCCCCCUGGUCUUCCCUUAUUGUUUUUCUAAGUUUAGUAUACAUAGCCCUUAUGUGAGUGGCCCUGGUUUACCCAAUUCCUGAUCUCUGUAGGUUUACAAAGACUGCAGCUCCUGUCUGUCCAGCCUUAGCCUUACUAAUAUUCGGUGCUGGGCAGACAAGACUAACUACGAUCUAGCUGCUGUUACUGAAACAUGGUGGGACUGCUCCCAUGACUGGAGUGUUGAGAUUGAUGGCUAUAAACUCUUCAGAAGGGAUAGACAAGGAAGGAAGGGCGGUGGUGUGGCCCCUUAUAUUAAGGACUGUUUUGAUGUUGAAGAGCUUGAGAUUGCAAAUGAUAAAGUGGAGUGUCUAUGGGUGAGGAUCAGGGGGAAGGCCUGUAGGGAAGACAUCGUAAUUGGAGUCUGUUAUAGACCACCAAAUCAGGAUGAGGAGAUGGAUGAAGCAUUUUACGAGCAGCUUGUGGAAGUCGUGCGAUCACCAGCACUCAUUCCUGUGGGGGAUUUCAACUUCCCUGAUAUAUGUUGGAAAUAUAACAUGGCGCAAAGAAAGCAGUCCAAGAGGUUUCUAGAGUGUGUGGAAGAUAGCUUCCUUACACAGCUGGUACGAGAGCCUACCAGGGGUGGUGCCCUGCUCGACCUGCUCUUUGCUAACAGAGAAGGUCUGGUAGGUGAUGUGAAGGUUGGAGACUGUCUAGGGCAGAGCGACCAUGAAAUUGUAGAGUUCUCUAUUCUUGGAGAUGUCAGAAGGGUGACUACCAAAACUGCUAUCUUGAACUUCCAGAGGGCGGACUCUGACCUGCUCAGGACGCUUGUAGCACGGGUCCCUUGGGAGUCGCUCCUUAAGGGUAAAGGGGUCCAGGAAGCCUGGACGCUCCUCAAGGUGGAAAUCUUAAAGGCGCAAAACCAGGCUGUCCCUGAAUACCGUAAGGCGAGCCGUAGGGGGAGAAGACCGGUGUGGAUGAGCCGGGAAUUACUGUCAAGACUCAGGAAGAAAAAGAGAGUCUAUGUCCUCUGGAAGAGGGGACAGGCUGGUAGGGGAGAUUACAAGGAAGUUGCUAAGGUAUGCAGGGAGGAAGUCCGGAAGGCGAAAGCCCAUCUUGAACUUAGAUUGGCCACUGCAGUAAAGCAGAAUAAGAAAUCCUUUUACAAAUAUAUCAAUGGCAAGAGAAAAACCAAGGAUAAUCUCUAUCCUUUAAUUGAUGCGGCGGGGCAUGUGACCACAGAUGACAAGGAGAAGGCUGAGGUCCUCAACGCCUUCUUUACAUCUGCCUUUAAUAGUCAGACCAGCUAUCUUCAGGGCACUUUGUGCCCUGAUCUGGAUAUCUGGGCUGACAUGCAGCAUGUCUCCCCGGAGAUUGAGGUGGAAACAGUUAGAGAGCUCCUCCUCCAUCUGGACAAUCACAAUCCAUGGGACCGGAUGGGCUUCAUCCUAGGGUGCUGAGGGAGUUGGCGGGAGUGAUUGCUAAGCCGCUCUCAGCUACCAGCGCUCCUGGUUGACUGGAGAGGUUCCAGAGGAUUGGAGGCUUGCUGAUGUGACUCCCAUCUACAAGA